AGUCGCAGCGGCGGGGGCAGACGCGCGGAUCUCGAAACAGGCAGAGGUGGAGCGGCGGCGGCGAGUUGCGUGCAAUUCCGUUGUCCAUUUUACUCGAGCUCUCGCCCAUCUCUGGCUGUGGGAUUCGAGUCUGAAAGAAAAUUUGCUCAGGAUGCGGUUUCGAUUGUUUGAGGUGACGGCGAGGGGAAAAUGUGAUUGAUUUUCUUUGUAAUUCUGUGACAGCAGUGCUCUCUCCAAGUGGCCGAUGGUGCCUCGGGGGGUAUCUUGGUCAGCUUUUCUCCGUGGGAGCUAAUAGCCCACAUCAAGCGUGGUGAAAUGUCUUGAUUUGACUUGAUUGCCUUCAUUCUCGUGUGCACAUACAUUAAGUUUUGUAGAUUUUGUGUAGUUGCUAGAUGCCUUUAUUUCUUCAACGGACCAUAGAGGAUGCAAGUCAAAAUCAGGUGUAUUGAUUACACCUCACCAUUGAACUACGCUAAUAUCAACGACGUGCUUUACCCUUGCUCCGUAUCAUUUCAUCUAAAAAUCGACAAACUUUCAAGUUUAUAUUAAAAAGGCAAAAAUGUCACUAAACCGGUUUUGUUUAAUAAUUGGUUUUGGGAGGAAAGCAGAUUGUUGUUUAGCUGGGGGAUUAUGAGAAAUGCUAUCUUUCAAGGGAUACAAGGACAUUUAAUAACUCAUGGAGUAAUUGAAAUAUUGAGUAUGCUUGAUGGCGAACAGGAGUGUGAUGGAAGGUUCCAGUAAGGGGUCCACCGGACAACCCGGUAAGGUUCUUUGUUGGAAGUACCUUCAAAAAGCAUCUUUGUAAUCUCAAAAUGAUGCAGUAUGUUACAACAAGCAAGCGAUCCAGUUAGUUAUUAUUAUUCCUCAAGGGGGAAAUAAUCAAUUGUUCUUUUUAAGCAUAAAAGAAAUCCUGGUUUCUCAUAUUCGUGCAGUCUCCCUGCCCCCCUUUCAAGGCAAGGUUAACCAGAGCUGAGUGUAAUUUCAACCAGAAAGCGACGGAACCCUGAGGCAACAUCAGCCCGCCCUUUGCUAGCUAGAGCGCACUGCUUGUCUGAUUGGUGGGCGAAAGUGUCUCCUCCUUUCACCUGACGUGUUUUUUACUGCAUGCUCUUGAUGAAAACUCUGCGUUUUGCAUACUUUGAGCCACAUGGAGGGUGAAUGUUUGGUCACAUGGGUUCAGGUUUACACGUCACAGCCAUUGACAGCGAUUCCAUCUUGUCUUGGCUUGUGAGUUUGGGAAUGCGGAGUUUCCCCACAAGCCCUCCUUUGUUUCUUCUGAUUUAUGCAUGCGACCUCUUUUUUUUUUAUCAUAUGUAAUAGUCCAUAAUGUUUGUAUAUUUUUCCCCACUUUUGCCAUGGUCUGUGAUUGGUGGUAGCAGCAGAGUGUCACAGUCAUUUCUGGAACAUCUCCUCACUGUCCUUUUUUUUGCUCUUCCCUCUUUUACCCCCUCUUGUCCCAGCGAGCUCAUUGCUAUGCGCAAGUCCUCGCAGGCAAGUGACCUUCAGUUACGCUCCGACUACUUUUCCUUUUCGCGCACGCCAGGAGCCCAGCGUCAUAAAAAAUGCACUUUCUUCAGAUUGCAGUAGAUUUUAUCCGCUCAUCCUUGCCCCUCGUUCUUUUUGAAAGCCUUGUUAAGACAACCGCGGCAUGUUAAAGAGCGUUAAGGAGGCUGUGCCAAACCGGGGGCUGACCCAGAUGGUGCGUACGCAGGGGGGAGUGAUUGCAUAGAUUGUACAAACGUGCAUCAAUGUACGUUUACCGGGAGCAUCAGGCUUGUGAGUACUGCAGCAUCAGCUGGAUGCAGUCUAUUGGUUUCUUUCUCCCUCCAAGCCCAUCUCUCAUCUGUCAGAGCCCUCCCUCCCUCCAGACCCCCACCGCGUCAUGCCGUCCGCCCCUCCUUCGCCAACUCCCCGCACUCUUUUCUUUCUCUGUGCACCUCGAGCUUCGGUAGCUGUACUCUUGAGCAUCCUUGCUGCCGCUGCUAUAAAUAUCUGCUGGAAGCAGUAGAGCGGCAGCAGCAUCGGCAGCAGGCAGGCCGGAGGGAGGUGCCGGAGACCGGACCAGAGGACAGGACAAGUGGAGGAAAUAAGUGUGGUGAGAGGAGAAGAUGGUAGAUGAUUAUUAUCCAUUCGUCUAGUAGAGAUAAAGUGUUUGUAAAUGUUUUGGUUGUUGGUCUGUGCUAGAGUUGGGGAGUCAGUGGAGUUUCAGACUGAAGUGAACUGAGAAGUGAACCGCACUUCAACUAUGCAAGGAUCGACGUUCCCCGGACUUAAAGCCAACUUGGACCAGGCUUUCGCCGAUUUAGUUUUGUAGAGACAUGCAGGCCGGCAUGGGCCGGGGCGGGGCUGAGAUGUCAUGCUCCUGUGUUGCUGGUGGUGCCUGAGGUCUGAAACGGUAGAACUGGACGGCCGGAGGGUGGACCACCAUGUGUUGAACUGUGAGGCCGGCGCCUCCUCCGCCAUCACAGCUGUGUCCCUCGACCGAUGGGAGCCGGAAACGAGCAACGUUGUCGUGCAGCCCCCUCAGAGUGUGAAGAACGCAACCUUUAGCUUACCAUCCUACCACACAUACAGUAACAGCUACGACUACUCUGAUCAGAGCCGGCAAAGCGAACACGCGGGCCUCUGUGGCCUGUCGAACCUGGGCAACACUUGCUUCAUGAACUCUGCUGUGCAGUGUUUAAGUAAUAUCCCCCCCCUGACGGACUACUUCCUCAAAGACAAGUACACGAGUGAGCUGAACGUGGACAACCCACUUGGCAUGAAGGGAGAGAUUGCCCGAGCGUAUGCUGAGCUCAUAAAGCAAUUGUGGUCCUGCAAAUACAGCUAUGUUACCCCAAGGCCUUUUAAGACCCAAGUGGGCCGCUUCGCCCCUCAGUUCUCAGGCUACCAGCAGCAGGACUCCCACGAGCUGCUGGCCUUUCUCCUGGACGGCCUCCACGAAGACUUGAACCGGAUCAGGAAGAAGCCGUACAUCCAGCUGAAGGAUGCCAACGGGCGGCCCGAUAAGGUGGUGGCCGAGGAGGCUUGGGAGAACCACAUCAAGAGGAACGACUCCAUAAUUGUUGACAUCUUUCAUGGCCUCUUUAAGUCCACCUUGGUGUGUCCUGUGUGCUCCAAGGUCUCCGUGACCUUUGAUCCCUUCUGCUACUUGACGCUGCCCCUGCCCAUGAAGAAGGAGCGGACAUUAGAGGUUUAUCUAGUCAGGCUGGACCCUCUGGCCAAACCCACCCAGUACAAGCUGACGGUCCCAAAGGUGGGCUACAUCUCGGACCUGUGCGCCUCCCUCUCCGGUCUGUCUGGGGUGCCCGUUGAAAAGAUGAUCGUAACAGACAUCUACAGCCACUGUUUCCACCGGAUCUUCGCCACCAACGACAACCUCAGCAGUAUCAUGGAAAGAGAUGACAUCUAUGUGUUUGAGAUUGGGGUGAACCGGGUGGAAGACACGGACCACGUUGUGAUCCCAGUGCACCUGAGGGAAAAGUACAAACAGUCGGGAUACAACCAGACCAGCACGCCGCUGUUUGGGCAGCCUUUCCUCAUCGCUGUGCCUCGGAUGCUUAAUGAGGAUAAACUCUACAACAUGCUGCUACUGCGCCUCUGCCGGUUUGUGAGAUCCACCGUAGCGGACGAUGAGGACGACUGCGAAGAGACUCAGUCAACUAAAGAACACACCGUCAACGGCAAUGCUACCAACGGCGUACUGGAGGAGGGGUCGCCAAGUGAAACGGAGACUGAUGAGCAGGAUGAUGAGUCCAGUCAGGAUCAAGAGUUGCCUUCCGAGAAUGACAACAGCCAGUCUGAGGACUCCGUGGGCGGGGACAACGAGCAGGAAAACGGCGUGGUUGCUCCGCAGAACUCCACUAAAGGACAACAGUUCAGCGGGCACAGCAAAAGAAAACUUUUUACAUUCCAGCUCAAUAACACGGGGAAAAUGGACCUUUCGCUCAUAAAGGAGGACACGAGGCAGAUUCGGUUUGACGAAGGACACUUACGGCUCAAUGUUUGUCAUUGUCUUCCAGACCGGUCUUAUCUGUCUUUGGAGUGGGAGCCGAAGAUCAGGAAAAAGUACUUUGACGACAGUAUGGUUGAGGACUUUGACAAGCAUGAGAGCAUGGAGUACAAACCUCAGAAGAAGGCCUACUUCAAGCUAAAAGACUGCAUCGAGCUGUUCACUACGAAGGAGAAGCUGGGAGCUGAGGAUCCUUGGUACUGUCCAAACUGUAAGCAACACCAGCAGGCCACGAAAAAGCUGGAUCUGUGGUCACUUCCUCCAGUGUUGGUGGUCCAUCUGAAAAGAUUCUCCUACAGUCGCUACAUGAGGGAUAAACUCGACUCUCUCGUUGACUUCCCGCUCAGCGAUCUGGACAUGUCCGAGUUCCUGAUCAACCCCAACAGCGGACCGUGUCGAUACGACCUCAUCGCUGUCUCCAACCACUACGGCGGCAUGGGCGGAGGCCACUAUACCGCUUACGCCAAGAACGCGGAUGACGGAAAGUGGUACAACUUUGACGACAGCAGCGUGUCACCUGCCAGCGAGGAUCAAAUAGUGUCCAAAGCGGGCUACGUGCUCUUCUACCAGCGCCAGGACACGGUGAAGGGCACCGGGUAUUUCGCUCUCGACCGUGGGAAAGAGGAGGACAACAAGGAGGAGGAAGUGGAAGACGAGGAUGAGAACGACGGGAAAAGGAGCGCUUCCUCGGUUCGGGGUGCAGCUUCUCCCGUUGCCGCCGCUCUGAGCGAGGACCUGAACGAGAACCGGUGUGGGAACGAUGACGAGUCGGAACAGGAAGAGGAGGAGGAGGCGCCCUGUCGAGAUGUCACCAUGAGCGCCAACUGACAAGCGAGGACAUGAAUAAGCGAGAGAGAGAGAGAGAAAUCUUUCCAUCCAAAAGCCAUAUGGAUGCACAGCAUGGCAGGCAGGUGCCAUCGGGCCCACCCGGGCUCGCCAGGUGGACCCAAAGUGGGCGUUGGUGGUACGCUGAGAUUUCAGAGCCCCCUCCUCUGUGGCUGAAUCACCGUUUUCGUGCGCGCGUCUGUCACACCUUACGUUUUUGUUCCGCGGCCGUUUUCAUUCUGCGGCUCCGCCCGAGCAGCUUCGCGUUCCCACGACGAGUCUUUUAUACCUCCGAGAGAAAGUUCUGCUUUUAAUCCGCUGCAUUUGUACAUAUUUUAAGCACUGAACAGCCACGUGGUGUCCAUUUGCGCUGAAGCGUUGUGAACUUGCACAAUCACCAACCAUCCACUUCCGAAAAAAAAAAAUACAUUUUUUAAAAUUUUGUUCUUAUUGCCAGACACUGCGGUACUUCAGAGAUGAAUGUGAUGUGACUUUUCUCUGACGACGUGCGCAGGAGGCUGCCUUCAUUACCGCACAUGAUACGUAAUCUCACGUCUGGACUCUUGUUAGGUUAUUAAUUUUAUGAUUUUUUUUUUUUUUUUUUUUUUUUUUUUUUAUGCCAAGCUCGUGACCUUGUUUUCACGUCCGGCGAUCAGCGGCGCCCUCUAUCGGCCGUUUGCCGCUCAACCCAUAAGCAUGUCCGCGGCUAGAUGCUUUUAGCGCUAAACGAAGACCUCAGAUAAUGACGUGCCAUAGAUAUACAAACGAUAUAGUCUGCAAUACUUUUUAGCGUUAGGGAAAUACGUGCGCGCUUGCUCAGCCUUAAAUCUUCAUCUCACACAUUUCAUCCCUUUUGCAUGGCCCCUUUAAAAAUGCACUUGAAUGUCCAGAGUUAAAAAAAAAAAAAACCUGCUUGGCACAUCACAGCCACGUCUUUUUUUUUUUUUUUUUUUUUUUUUCAUAAUUCACAGGAGGGCCAGAAUGUAUGCAAAGUGAACACUGACCACAUGUAUGUGAUUGCCUUUUUUUCCCCCUCCUCAAUAGGGGCACCCCCCCUCAAAUAAGUAUAUUUUUUUAAAGUUUUUUUUUUUCUCUGGUUGGUUGAAUGUGAUUUGUGACGGCUUCUCUCGCUUUUCUGGCUGAAUGCUUGUGCUUUUGAGGAUCGGGGGCAAGUCAUUUUUCGAAAUUGGGGGGGGGGGGCUUUUCAGCAUUAGUUAUGUGGCAGAUUGUUGGCGGGGUAUUCUUCCAUCGGCGAUGCGUUUAUUCUCCACGGUGGAGUGUGGCUGUCUCUGCUUUCGGCUCGGCGACCCGUCGCUUUUUGUGCGUCUCUGCUUCUUGCCUUGCAUUUUUUUUUGGGGAGGGGGGCUGACUCACCCCCUUCCCGAGCGAGAACGAAACCGCUACGAUACUUAUACCGUACUGUAAAUAAGAGUUCACUCUGUGAGUGCACAUUUGAUAAAAGUUUAUUUAUUUAUAUGUGAGCAUUUAAUAAGGAAAACAAUAUAUUUAAAUAAAACCCGGGCAAGAGCGCAAUUCAUUUGAGAUGGUGAGGUGGGGUUUUGUUUGUGCUCUUGUCAGGAUGGGAAUAUAUAUAUAUAUAUAUAUAUAUAUAUAUAUAUUUUUUUUUUUUUUAAAAGGAUGUUUCUUUGUUUGGGGAAUAAUCCAAGCAUCCUUGCAUGAUUAGGGGUUUCCAGGUUUGGGUGCACUUGAGUUCACUUG